AUGAAGUUUUCCACCGGCGUCUCUCUCGCCCUCAUGGCCGCCACCUCGGUCAUUGCCACCGACGUUCUCGACCUGACGGAGGCUACUUUCCAGAACGAGAUCAUUGACGAGGAUCUGGCGCUUGUCGAGUUCUUCGCUCCCUGGUGCGGACACUGCAAAAACCUUGCCCCUCAUUACGAAGAAGCUGCUACCGAGCUCAAGCCCAAGGGCAUCAAGCUUGCCAAGGUUGACUGCACUGUUGAGCAGGCUGUCUGUGGCGAGUUUGGCGUGAACGGGUACCCUACCUUGAAGGUCUUCCGAAACGGGUCCCCUACCGACUAUGCUGGAACCAGGAAGGCCGAUGGUAUAAUCUCUUACAUGCUCAAGCAAAGUCUUCCCGCUCUUAGCGAUGUGACCCCCGAGUCUCACGACGAGUUCAUCAAGUCCGACAAGGUUGUCCUCGUCGCGUACGGUGACGACUCUCACGCUAUCCCCGAGCAAUACAAGACCUUCUCCAGCUCCGCCCGAGACUCUUACCUCUUUGGCCAGUACCUCUCCCCCUCUCUCCCCAACAUCCCCGAGUCUCCCUCUCUUCCCGCCAUCGUCCUCUACAAGGACUUUGACGAGGGCUACGCCGUCUUCCCUUCCAACGUCGAGCCCACUACCGAGAACCUCGCCGAGUUUGUAAAGCAAAACUCCAUCCCCCUCUUUGACGAAAUCUCCCCUGAAAACUUUGGCUCUUACGCCGAGCAGGGUCUCCCCAUCGCCUACCUCUUUGCCGACCCCAACGACGCCGCCAACCGGGACAGCAUCGUCAAGGACCUCCGCGACGUCGCCAAGAGCCUCAAGGGCGUGGUCAACUUUGUCUACAUUGACGCUGUCAAGUUUGUCGACCACGGCAAGUCUCUCAACCUCCCCGGCGAUUCGUGGCCCGCGUUCGUCAUCCAGGACCUCGCCGAGCAGACCAAGUACCCGUUGACUGGCAAGGCUACGGCCAAGGCCAUCAAGGAGUUUGUCGACAAGUACACCAAGGGCGAUGUGCAAGCUAGCGUCAAGUCUGAGGCUAUCCCUGCUACCCAGGGUCCUGUUUACAAGCUUGUCGCCGAUGACUGGGAGAAUGUGUUUGGGGACGAGACCAAGGAUGUCUUUGCCGAGUUUUACGCUCCCUGGUGCGGUCACUGUCAACGUCUUGCUCCUAUCUGGGACACUCUUGGUGACAAGUAUGCUGCCGAGAAGAACGUCGUCAUCGCCCAAAUGGACGCCACCGAGAACGACAUUCCCCCCGCCGCGCCCUUCCGCGUCCAAGGUUUCCCCACCAUCAAGUUCCGCCCCGCCGGCAGCUCCGAGUUUAUCGAGUACGCCGGCGACAGGAGCCUCGACUCGUUGGUCGAGUUUGUGGAGGAGAACCGAAUGAGUGACGCGGCUGGUCUUGCGGAGGAAGAGUUUGAGGAUGAGGAGUUGUUUGUGGGGCAUGAUGAGCUUUAG